AUGUCUACAAUGAAAAUAUUAACGAAUGAUAUUGAACCAUCUGAAUUAUCAGAAUCAUUUUGUGAAAACCAGAAAUCAUUUUACAGUUAUAUUGCAAAUUAUGCUGCUUCUGAUCCCACUGAAAAUGGCAAAGAUAUUAAACCAUUACGCUUUCAUAAAAUAGAGAAUAUCAUUAAUUGUAUUUUUUCGCCUAAUAUGCAUUGGAGUUUUUAUAAUGCAAUAUUAGAUACAGAUAUUUGCAAUACAAUAAAACAAUAUCAUCGUAAUGAUAGUGAUAAAAUAAUUAAACAAAUAUUAUCUUUAGCAUCUCAAUAUAAAUGUCCAGUACGUGUACAAGUGAAACCUACGGCAUCUGACACACAAAAUUUGCUACAACGUUACAGAUUCAUUGAAUUACCAAUGAAAACUGAUACAUUUCAAUAUAUUGAUUUUUACGAUAAUAAGUAUGUAUUAGAGAAUGUUGAAUUAAAUCCUAAUAUAAAAAUAUACGAAUUAGAUGAUUCGACACAAACUAAUUGUGAAAUGAGAAAAUUUGAAUGGGGUUCUGUUUUAUGCGAAAGCUUUGGAUUUAAAAAUCCUGAAAUUCAUGGACCAUUUUAUUCGAAUGUAUGGAGUAAAGUAGAAGUUGGACCAACUAAACCAUUACGAAUGUUUGUUGCUGUAAAGAAUGAUCGAGUAGUUGGUGGAAGUCAUAUAAAUUUAGCUCAUGGAAUUGCCUGUUUAUAUAAUGUAACAACAGUUAAAAGUGAACGUGGACAAGGUAUAGGCAAAGCAUUAUCAGUUGCAGCUAUGAUAUGUGCUAAAGAAUCAAAUUAUCGCUAUAUGGUAUUACAAGCAAGUGAUAUGGGUUCACCUGUUUACAAAAAAUUAGGCUUUAAACCAAUUCCAUCGUAUAAAUUAUUUAUCAAACUUGGAACAGCUGCAUGGUAUUUCAAAGUAAUCGAAAUAAUAUUAGCUAUCAUUGGCAUCCAGCGUCUAUUACAGUUUAUAAGUUUACUUAAAAAGCCAUCAAAAACUUUUAUAUCGAUUAUGGUGUUAGUUAUGGUUAUAUUCAUAGCUAUACUCCUCAAAUAA